CGAUCCCAAAUGUCAAAUCUCGAAACGACAGCUGUGUUUCCUUGACUCCCCACAUCAGCCAUGGCAUCUCAGACAGCGGCAGCUAAGAGGCAACAAGACCUCCAAGUGCAAUACACCACUUACAAGAAUACUCUACAGCAGAUCGCUCAGAAAAUUGGCGAUGUCGAGCAGGAAGCCGAAGAGCAUAAACUCGUUCUUGAAACGUUGGAACCCCUUCCCGGUGAUCGCAAAUGCUUCCGCAUGAUCAAUGGUGUUCUCGUGGAGCGAACCGUCAAGGAUGUGAUCCCCGCUCUCCGAACGAAUGCCGAAGGGCUGAAGAAGGUCCUGGAUGAUCUCGUCAAGCAGUACAAGGCCAAGCAGGAUGAGCUUGACAGGUGGAAGAAAAAGAACAAUGUCCAGGUUGUGCAGUCAUGAAGGUGCAGCCGCGCGGUGGAGGAUUUGAGGUGACACCAUAAAGGCCAUGUCAUCGUCACAAGACCGAAAGAACUCGAGGGCGUGUUGACUUGCUCAAGUCGGGCUGGCAAAACAGCAUCUUGGGGUGACGCCCCAUGCAGAGACGGACUUGUUCCCCUCCCCCCCCUUCUCCCUUUUCUUCUGCGACGCCAUGUCACACCCCUUGCUUCCUCAAGCAGUUGCGCACGGGAAGGGAACCCGGCCACAGGCCACCAUGAAGAAAAUGCAAUAUGCCUGCGGAGGUUGACGACAUGUAGAAUAGUUGUUCCCUUUUACUCCGAAGGUGUGCUGAGUUGUACAAG